CCGCCGCGGGACGCCGUCCCCCCGCGAUGGCGGCGUUCGCGCGGCGCAAGGCGCAGCGGCUCGCGCAGCCCGACCCCAGCCGCAAGCGCGCGCUGGACGCGCGGGCCGCGGAGCUCGUGCGGCUCCUGAACGCGCGCGAGCGCUUCUGCACCGCGAGCUCGUGCGACGGCAGGGUGACCGUGACGGACACAGACGGCACGGGUAUCCAGAAGAAGAACUGCACGUGGCUCCUGGUAACACAUGACCCAUGUGUCAAAAGCGAUCUGAUGACAGCACUCAAGAAAGCCACUGGUGAUGUUGUGUUCAAGUUUGAACCAUUUGUUCUUCACGUGCUGUGUCGGGAGCUGCAGGAUGCACAGCUGCUGGUAAAGCCAUGUCAAGUACAAUGUGGCAUUGUUCUGUUACAUUCUUGCUGCAAAAAUAAAAGUAUUGGCUCCUGGCAUUCGGUGGCUAUUGACUCUGGAUUCAGGAACUCUGGUAUUACAGUUGGCAGAGGAGGAAAAAUUACAAUGGCUGUGCGGAGCACUCACUGCUUAGAAGUUCCAUUGAGCCACAAAGGGAGAUUGAUGGUCUCUGAAGAAUAUAUUGAAUUUCUGGUACAUGUAGCCAAUCAGAAAAUGGAAGAGAACAUAAGGAGGAUUGACAGAUUCCACAAAGGCUUGGAGCUGGCUCUGGAAGCUGCUGCCCCUCCAGACACCUUGUUUCCCAAGGGGCCAGAGAAGAGCCACUCUGUGUAUGUGCACAGAAGAAAAAGACAGACUGCUCAGGAACAGGCUGAUCCCAGCAGAGAGCUGGAGCCCCAGGAUGAUACUGAAAGCAGCCUUGGCCUGUUUGCUGAAAUCAUGAUGUAGACGAAGACAUUUGAAAGCAAAUGGUGAACUGGAAAAGUUAUUGUAAUGCUCUUUUUAAGAUAUUUAUAUACUCCUGUGGUCCAAGUAGUAAUACUGUCAUGGACAUUGACCAGAAAAAAAGGUAAUUAACAGAAUAGUGAGCAGGUGUAGCUACAGGACACGGAGAACAAAGCCGUAUAAUGUUUUGUGAGUUUUUAAAGUGUACUGUUGAAUUAACAAAGUGGUGCUCCAUCAGUUAUCCCAGAAACAA